AUGGUGAAACAAGGAGCAUUGCAAGUUACGCGGGGAGCAGACGGCGAGCAUUUUUUGACAAGGAGGAUCUCACAGGAGGUCAGUGGAGAUGCUCUUGGAGAGGUAUGCCUAUGUUCAAGAAUUGGAUUCAAUGGAGUCUUAGAUGCUCUUGGAGAGUUUAAUAAAAGACUUCAUUCUUUUGGCAGGAAUUCAAGGGCUAUGUUUUCAAAAUCAAGAGGAGGAUGUGACAAUCAGGAAUUCGCAAUGAAACAGGGUCCAUCUAUUGCUUCACAGAGGUUGGUCCUUACUGGACACCUUGCUUCCAAGAAUAUGGUAGGUGCAACGGAGACCGAAGGAGGAAAGAAACCAAGAAUGGGAAGACCCAAAAGAGUAUCAAAGAUUCAUAAAAUCUUCAAUCUCUCAAAGGAGGAUGAUAGGAAGAGAGCAAGAAUUGCUGAGAAAAAGAAAAGAAUUUCAAAGGCAAAGGUAGAUGCUGCUGAGUAUCAGAAGCUCCUUGCACAGAGAUUGAAGGAACAAAGAGAACGUCAUAGUGAAAGUUUAGCCAAGAAAAGAUCCAGGCCUUCCGUUGCUUCUAAGCCUUCUAUUGCAGCUUAA